AUGAGGACCACGACCACCAUGAGAACAAGACGAACAACUUUCCAUCAGAUGAGACGAACCACGACAGAACCUCGUACGAAACGGACCACGUCUGUCCCUGAAACGAGACAAACUACCAUCACCACUCAGAAGACUCGGAAUGAUAGAAGAAGACGCGGGCGGCCCACUACCUCUGUUCCAAGAUCCACUACCACUAAUCCAAGAUCCAAUGUGACCGGUCGAAAGAAGUUCAACGGACGCGGAUAA